UUUAAUCCACACAUCUUUCUCUCGCUCUGUCAGCUGCAGGUGGAGGGAUGAGUCUCUCCCCUGUGAUUGGCACAGAGGUGCCAGAAACAGCCAAUGGGGUCCUGACUUCAGCAGAGAACGGACCCCACUCUACGGUGAAGAGUCCAGGUCCUGCUUUAAACAAACCCACGUGUCCAGAGGAGCGAGACACAGAUGAGGAUAUAAGACAGACUGACAAUGGAGCUGUUAUGUCAAACAAUGAACAGACUGUGUGUAAUAAUGAACUAUCAGGUGGAAAAAGUGGAGUGGACCUACAGACUGCAGACGUAACCCAAAGAACGGCAAGUUUAACUCUGAACUCAAGUGUAAAUGAGGCCACAGACACAGCAGAGCCUGGUGGAGGAGGCCCAGAGAGGUGCAGAGAUGGAGCAGAAGAGGAGGACGAGGACGAGGAGGAAGAGGAGGAAGGAGAGAAGGAGAAACAGGAUGAAGAGGAAGACGAGAAGAAGUGGAGGAACCAGCACACGUCAGGGAGGACACAGGGCCAGUUCCGGCCGACUCACCAGUUCUCCUCCUCUGCACCCGGUCCGAGCUCCGCCUCCUGCCCCUCCCCGCCCCCUCUGGUGCCCUCGGAGGAGCCCCCCUGCCCCCCUCACGUCAUGGCCGAGGUGUGGGUGAGGAACGUGAGGGGCAUGCAGGACAGUAAGAGCCUGGACGAGAUCAGCCAGGCCUACGGAGGUUCAGGGGCUCGAGGAGGAGGCAGAGCAGGGCAAUCUGAAGGCAGGAGAGCCACCAUCUCCUCUGCUCUGGAGCUGGAGGGAACAGUCAGUCAUGAGGGAGACUUAACCAACUUCAUCACAAAGAACCUAGAGCAGAAGAUCAAGAUGAGCUCCAAACCCAGCCUGGACUGCAGCGACUCGGACUGCUCGGGGCCGAUCUACCGCAGCAGCAGGUCGGGGGGACGCAGACCUGUGGACAUCCCCCCCAUCGACCCGUCUGUGCUCCAGGACCUGCACAGACACACGCAGGAUGUGGCCCAGAGCGUGGAGGCCAUGAUGAAGAGUCUCAACGGAACCAUCCAGAAUAUGACUGCGUUGAGUGUGGGAUACAUUCAGACGUACAGGGACUCUGUGGACAGCCUGGGAGAGUCUGUGGACAUGAGCAUCAAGGGCAUGUACACUCUGAUGGCGCGCUGUGAGGAGCUGGACAGGUCCAUGCAGCCCAUCCACGGGUUGGCAGCUCAGAUACGCGACAUCAAACGCACCCUGGACGCUCUGGAGGCCAUCUGUAAGUAACUCCACCCACCUCAGAGGUACCAGCCCCAGACUCCACCCGCCUGAGACGUACCAGGACUCAAACCCAGCCAACCCCAGACGCCACCAGGCUCCUGUCCCACCAAACGAGGAAGUUCUUCGUCGUCUGAUUCUGUUUACCGCUUGGAGUUUAACGGCCCGGUAUUACGCUGUUUUCUGAUCGAUGUUAUAAUGUUGUUUCCUCGUCGCAAACAGACCUGGAGUUGUUUUGUUUCAUUCACACGUUUCUCCACUGUGUUUUUAAACUCCACACACCUUUAUUACAAUCAUUUGGAUAGUUUCAGUUUCAAUCUCGACUGUUCUAAAGGUAAAAUGUAGCUGUUAACUUGAAAACUACUGCUUGAAACAGAGCAUUUUGAGCUUUGGAGGUGUUAACAAACUAAUAAUAAAAGGUUUCUCAAACGUGAAUGAAACAAAACACAACUCCAGGUCUGUUUUUGAUGAGGUGACCGCAUUAUAAUACGGAUUAAAUCUCGGUAAACUUUGCAUAAUAUAGGACCUUUGAGGUCUGCACCUCAGCUCCUUGAUAAAUUUAACUUCGGAGCCUUUUUCGUGUCGUAAAACGGAAGAAUUUGCCAUCCAUUGCUUGGAAAAAUUGCACUAUGCUCUUCUUGGUUCAGAAGAGACUUGUCUGAACUCUCGAGACUUUUGCACAGAAUAUAUUUUUUAACCUUUAUGCAACACGAUUUCUCCGAGUGAAGUCCGCCGCAUCAUGUUUGUCCUACCGUCUUUUGUGUUAAUUUAUUCUUGGCAUGUUUCUAUGUGAGAGCCAUUUUCAUUUAUUUUUUUUUGUUUACAUCCAAGUGACACUGGAGCUUUUGCAGUUACUGAAAAGUGUUAAAUUGAAAGGCCAAUACCAAAUGAAAAAAUAUAUCUUUAUAGGGCUGCACGAUAUGAGAAACAGAUGCGAUAUUUGAUAGCUAUGUUUUGUAUUGUGUUAACGACAUUAUUACGAGAACAUACUUUUUGGCAUGUUUAGAUUAACUAAAACAAAAAUUGAAAAAUCACUUAAUUUACAGAUCAAACUGCGUCAAAAACCAAGACCAAACAGAGACUAAUGUAGGACUUAAUAAAGAAAAUAAUGAGCACUGUAUUUUCCGCACUAUAAACCGCACCAGACUUUAAGGCACAUUAAAUGAAACACAACAGUUACAUAAGUCAGUCAAACUUUACUUAACGUGUUCACAAUAACUCUCAACUUUGUUCAGUUGUAACGUUUAAAAAAAAUACUGUCUGAGACGCUAAAUUGUUGCUGUAUUCACAAUAACUCAUAAUUGUUCAAACAGUUGGGUGAUUACGGCGUCCAUCACGUCCACAUCCCUCUCGUCAUGAUCCGAGUCAGUGUGGUUACUGUUCCCUGGAGUUCAGUUCAGUGAUGAUUCUGGUCUUGGUGAAAGCUCGGACCACAGUUGAUACUGAUCUUUAGCCCGGGCGUCCACGAUCCGUCGGCAGAUCGUGGCGUAAGUGGCUCGGCGCUGUCUCUCUGUCUUGGUGAAUGUGUGUUCUCCUUCUCUCAUCCACUGCUCCCACGCACCUCACACUUUCACUUUAUAACAGCCUUGAGUUUAAAGUCGGCGUUGUGAGCGUGUCUCUCGACAGGUGCAUUUUGAUAUUAAAAGGAAUCACAGUAUGUAUUACUCUGCGAUGCUCCUGACUACGGGAGCCAUAAUGCUGCAAGUGGUGCGGCUUUGUAGUUUACUAAAGUCGUACUAAGACACACAAAUAAAUUCACAUAUAAGACGCACUGUAUUUUAAGGCGCGCAGUCGUUUUUUGAUGAAAUUAAAGGCUUUUAAGUGCGCCCUAUAGUGCGGAAAAUACGAUAUUGUCCAUUUUACUUUAAAGGUGCACUGUGUAACUUUAUGGUUGGCGGUCCGUCACCUGCUUGUUUCCAUGGAGAUGUCUCUGCUCUGCUUGGAAUGUUCCACAGUAUGACAUUAAACAGCUCUACCUUACAAUUACGCAAUCACGGGUGUUUCUGUUGCUCAAAAAUCAAACAUUCUGACUAAACGGGGUCGCCUCUCCGCAGAUCUGACCUGUAUGUUGGUCUGGUUUGGUUUCCAUGAAGAUAGAACGGUUUAAUGCCACACUGUGAAACCUUCCAGACAAACAGUAACCAGAAAAGUUACACAAUGCACCUUUAAAAACACAUUUUAAUAACAUAAACAAAGAUGUCUUUAUUUUCUUGCGAUAUCGAUUAUCGUGGCAACCAGUACAGCAAUACCGAUAUUUUUGCAAUAUAUUGUGCAGCCCUACAUCUUUCUAUAUGGUCUCCUUUCUUACGGCUUAUUUUGGUCGUUUAACAUUCUAUAAAUUAGGAAAAUGUGCAGAUUUUUCAACUUACACAGGGAGAAUAUUUUGUUGUCAUUCUCAUAAAACGUGUGCAAUUAAAUAUGACUAAAUAUGGGCCUCAAAAACUAAAACUUUGCAAGUGUUCAUGGAUUUUAAAUACUCAUACUGAUCAUGUAUCUCUGAUUUUAACCCCUAAAAUACACGGCGAGUUUCUGUUCACGAGUACAGCGUCUGCAUGUCCGUUUUGUUAUUACCGCUGGCGAACGUUACCAUAGCAACACAAUGCACAAAGCUCUGGCCUGCUUUUCUCCUCACACCAGUUUGAAUCUGAGAGACAGAUCUAUCUGCAUGUCCGCUCUCGACUUCUGAGAAAAAACGUUGUAAUUUAAUUGUGAAUAAUUAUAAAUAAAGUGGUGUAUUAUUGAUUCUCGUUGUACAUGUAAAUAAUUAUACCUGUAACUCUUAUUUAGAUACUCCUGUCUCUGUAUAUUUUAAUUAAGAAUGAAUAAAUUUGCAAAUGUUGAA